UUUGAGGGAAACUUUUUUAAGAAUUGAUCUGUUACAUUUCAAGUUUUACAUACAUAAGUAUGAUUUCGUUCCUAAGGAUGAACUAUAAAACCAGACCAUAACUAUUACUGUGAGCAUUUAAAUUCAGAGAGAAACGAUAAAAAAAAUAUGUUGUAGAUAAGUAUGAUUGUAAAUACAAGUUUUCUUUGUUCGCCAAUAACGGAAAAACACUUUUACUUUCACUGAAAUUAAGCAGCAUUUCCAUACACUUAACUAAGACCACAGGCUGGAGGAAAAAUGUGGUGUAUGGUGGUACAAACCAAAAUACAAAAAAUAAUUUGCGUUGAACUUGUACUUUUUCAUCAAAAUUGAAAACAAUAUUCAUGCAGUCUUUCAGCAAACGUUCAGCCAAACGGAUGUUUUUGCUUUGUAAAAUUUUUAUUUUUAAUUGAACUUUUCCAAAACAAUAAUACAAAACUCGUACGAGAGAUCGUUAAUUUUCUUCAUAAUACUAAAAUUGUGUGAAUUGGAGCGAGUUAUAUUUAAGCUUAAAGUAAAUCAAUUACAAAAAAAAAAAAAAAAAUAACUGCAACUUAAAUUAUGGAGUUGACGUUUAAAGAGUUGGAUAAGGAGAUUGCAGAAAGAAUCGAUGCCUUGUUUCCUAAAAAGGAUUGUUUCAUAGAGGUUUUACCGGGUAAUGUUAUAUUACCACGUAAGUUUAUGGAAAUUGGUGAAUCUAUUAAAAACUUCCAAACAUAUGUGGAUGAUGUGUGGUUGGUAUCAUAUCCAAGAACUGGUUCAACAUGGGCCCAGGAAAUGAUUUGGCUUUUGGGUAAUAAUUUGGAUUUUGAAGGUGCCAAACAAAUGCAACAAUUGAGAUCCCCCUUAAUUGAGCUGUCCGCUUUGUUUAGUGAAGAUCAUCAUGAGUGGGUAUCCAAUUCAUUGGGCAAUACAGUGGAAACUGUUAAGAAUAUGCCACGUCCACGUUUUUCACGUUCCCAUUUACCAUGGCAUUUAUUACCCAAGGAUCUGGAAACCUCUAAGGCCAAGAUAAUCUACACCGCGCGUAAUCCCAAAGAUCUAUGUGUUUCUUUCUAUCACUACUGCAAACUGAUGCACGGCCUACAAGGUCCAUUCGAUGAAUUUCUAGAUUUAUUUAUCAAUGAACAAACACCGAUCGGAUCAUAUUGGAAGCAUGUUUUACCCUUUUGGAAACAUUCAACAGAUCCGAAUGUAUUAUUUUUGAAAUAUGAAGAUAUGAAAAGAGAUUUACCAGCGGUGGUGCGUAAAUGUGCGCAUUUCUUAAAACUCAAUUAUCAGAUCAACGAUGAAGAUAUGAAACGUAUAUGUGAUCAUUUAAAAUUUGAUAAAAUGCAAUCGAACCCGGCAGUUAAUUUAGAGCCUAUUCUUAGUCAAAUCGAUGCCAAUGGCAAUAGGGAUGAUGUAGCGGGCAAUGCUGAAAGUAAAUUUAUACGUAAAGGUCAGAUAGGAGAUUGGAAAAAUUAUAUAUCGGCUGAAAUGUCGGAACGUUUCGAUGAAUGGAUUGUCAAGAAUUCCAGGGGCAGUGGUUUAGCCUUUGAUUAUGAAUAGUUAAUUAAGUGUAAAUUUAGUGGUUUUAAUUGUUAAUAUUUAGAAUAUUCUUAGGAUAUAAAUAUAUCGAGAGACUAUAAUGAUAAGGUUUGACAAAAUAACAAAAAGUAAAUAUACUCUCCACGUGGGAAAAAAGUU